AUGAAAGUGGAGCCAUUGAGGAUUUGGGUGCCUCCGUCAUCGGAAGAUGGUCAACAAGAAAAUUCUUCUCCACCGUUAGUGAACCGAGCUUCUAAUGCCAUUAAUGGAGGCUUGAAGCAAGAAGAUGGAAAUUGUGUCCCAAUGGAGUUGACAAGUUCCGGUGAUUCCCAUGAGAAAACCAGAAGAAGUCAAAGCUAUGGCAAUGAGAAGAUCACCGAAGAGGUGUUCUUGUCGGAGCAGAACCAGAACCAGUUAGAUUCAUCAUCAGACAUGACGAUUUCAACAGCACUGAAGCUAUACGAUGAAUCUUGGAUCACCAAACUCUCUGUUCCUGAUUCCAACCGACCAGAAAGCUCCACUGAUGAUUUCUUAAACGUUUGUUCCAAUAUUUCAGCCAUGAAAAAUUACACCAAAGAGGAUGAGGAAGAUGAAAAAAGGAACGGGGUGUCAACUAAACUGACUCUGUACUCCGAUCCCUGGAUGAUCAGGAAAAGUCUCACUCAAAGUGAUCUGGGUAACCUGGCUAGACUGUUGAUGAAGACAAACGUGAUAAAAACCCACGUGCUGCCAUUAAUGAGGGAAGAGAUACUUACGCGGGUAGAGAGCAGGGAGGGUGCUACAGUAAUGGUGUUUGAUCAAGACACCAUGACUGAACAUAAACUGGUGUUCAAGCAAUGGAUGUCGUCAAGGAGCUAUAUUUUUAUCGGUAGAUGGGGGAAAGAUUUUGUCAGGAGAAGGGAGUUGAGGGAAGGAGAUGAAAUUGGUCUUUACUGGGAUCCUUAUUGUUCAAGAUUCAACUUCCGUGUUUUGAAUCGUGCUCCGCUUGAUCAGCAGCAGGCUGCUUAA